GUCUGGAUUGUCUACAAAGGUUGGCGCAUUGUUCAGUUGAAUUUGACAGUACCGAAAUAAAAAAAAAGUGUUGAAAAAUUAAAAACGAAAUGUGCUGUAUUUGAUGUAUUAUCGACUUGUGAUUAAAAAACAAAAACAAUAAAUAUUUUUGGAGAUAAAGUUAUGAUCUGUGUUAUGAGUUAAUGUCUCUUCUUCAAAGAUUCUUCUGUAUGUUAAGUGUUAGAAAAUUAAUCGGUGGCCUUCUGUGUAGCGAAAAAAUAUUUCUUUGUCAUGUUGAUUGAAUCGGGAAUCAAUCGUGAAUUUGGUUCGUUGACAGCUGCUGCUAAUAAUUUCUCAGUUCAUUGGAAGAUGGACCCCAGAAUACCAGGUGGUGCUUCGUUGCCAACUCCACCUAACGUGGGUUUAACUUCAUCCAUUCCAAUACCAGGCUCCAACAUAUUCGCUGGUAGCGCAGCAUCGCAGUCAGCAUUGGGUGCGUUAGUAUCGCAACAACGUUUAUUGGAGCUAUCUAGAUUUGGUGGAUUACGAGGAUACGACAUCGCACAACAUAUGUUAAGUCAGCAAGGCGCUGUUUCAAAGCUAUUAGGUUCGCUACGUCCACCUGGACUAAUUGGUGGCUCUAAGCCAAAAGUUGCAACACCGACGGUUGUCUCGAAAAUCGAGCAAUAUAAGCGAGAAAAUCCUACAAUAUUUGCAUGGGAAAUACGUGAGCGAUUAAUAUCAGAAGGUGUGUGCACAAAUGCAACAGCGCCCUCUGUUUCCUCAAUAAAUCGUAUUUUACGUAAUCGUGCAGCUGAGCGCGUAGCCAAUGAGUUCGCUCGAACUGCUGCGUAUGGCCUUUAUCCUCCUCACCCUUAUAGUGGUUUUGCUUGGCAUCCAGCAGCUGCCGCAACAACACCUCCACAUUUUUGGCCUCCCACAGCAGGAUCAACAUUGACUACGCUCCCACCAAGUUCAAGUGUACCUAAUGGGAUAACGAAUUCUUCAAAUAGAGCGAUUUCACCUAGCUCAGGAAGUCAUGACACAUUAGAGUCUCCGGAUGAAAAUCAUCACAUUGAUUCAGAUUAUUUAGAUGACGACGACGAACCAAAAUUUAGACGAAAUCGCACAACUUUCAGCCCAGAACAAUUAGAGGAACUAGAAAAAGAGUUCGAUAAAAGUCACUAUCCUUGCGUUAGUACACGCGAGAGAUUGUCUAGCCGCACUUCACUAAGUGAAGCUCGAGUACAGGUAUGGUUUUCAAAUAGAAGGGCAAAGUGGCGUAGACAUCAACGAAUGAAUUUAUUAAAAAGGCAUUCAAGUCCUUCGCAAAGUCAACAUUCGCAACCAUCUGCAAAUGAAGUUCAUUGCAAUCUUCCAGCAAGUUCACCUACCUCGAGUAUUAAUAGUAACCCGCCAAGUUGUCCAACAACGGAGCAGACGACAAAUCAUCGACAUGCAUUUACACCAACAAUGCAACAAAACCCAGCAAUCAAUGAUAUUCAUAGCUUACACCAUAUUUCACCUGUGCAAACUCAUCAUAACUUACAUCUACCUCAAGCUCAUUCGCAAAGUGCAGCGGCUGCGCUUUUACUUAAUCAUUACCAUCAGCAACAGCAGCAUCAACAGCAGCAUCAACAUCAGCAUCAACAUCAGCAACAACAUCAUUCAGCAAUACUUCCCAAAACUAUUUGCUCACCUGAUCAUGGUACAAGUGUUCCUGUAUCAACAGCUUCUGACCCGCAAAAACAAUUAGCGGCAGCGAUUGCAAUGAACUCAUCGGCCACAUCAGCAGUUCCAUUGUCAAUGGGCGGAGAACGUAGUGCAUUUCGUUCUUUGGUUAACACUCCCUCUGCAGCAGCAUUUGCUUUUGGAUUGGCUCGACAAUAUUCGAUAGCAGCUUCCUUGACAGCCGCUAGUGAUGAUAAUCACCAUGUUAUUUUGGAUUCAAGUGAUGCUUUUGGUACGCAAGUUGCAGACGGCUCUACAUCUGAAGAAGAAGAAAUUAAUGUGCACGACGAUUCUGAUGAUGAGCUUGACAAGUGUAAUGCAUCAAAUGACAACAGACCAAAAAAAUUACUACCAUCGCUAAGUGUCAAACCUCCACUGCAGCUUACCAAGCAUGACCGAUAAACCUAAGCAUGACAAAUAUCAAUUUCAAACUCGACUUGGAACCGCGCUUGUGAUUGACAUAAACACUCCAACAACGCGAAUGUGUACAAAUGCGAAUUAAAUUAUACUUAGCCUACUUAUAAUACAUUGAGUGGGACUACACCGUUGUUAUACAAUGUAUUUGGUUUUAUUUAAUUAAGUUAUGAGCAGUUGUAAGUUGAGUAAUUCGAAACUAUUUCAAAUGGUACCACUAAUGUAAACCAAAGCUAAAAUGUUGCUCACCUAGUUCAAAAAUUACACCGGUUGCUCCAAUGAACGCGAGAACCGUUUCAAAUAUACAUUGCUCUAUAAAUGCUAGUAUAUAGUAUAUGAUAUGGUUAAAGAUACAAUAAUUGUUUUUAUUCAAAAUGAAAAUGAGACUUAAUUUAUUUGUAUAAAUAAUUAAUUAUAAAUAUUUGAUUCUGGUAAUCAUUCACCUCACGUGAAAAGGCUACAAUUGCAAUACACUUAGAAAAAUUUUUCAUUUAUUACUUGGUAAGAAAUAUUAACC